GCGUACAAAUAUAUACUAGUAAUGUGUUUUGCGUGAAUAAUGAAAAUAACUCUCAGAAUUAUUAAUAACUACCGUACUCUUUUGUUUAAAUUUAUUAACUAAACGUUUAUGUCGAUUAGUGAUUACAUACCUUUCUUUGUCUUAUUUCACUCAUCGUUGUGGAGGUUAUGAAGUAAAUUUGGAACAAGAUAAGUAAUGGAAGCUCAAGAAUUAAUUCAAAAUUUGAUUAACUAUGGUGUUGGGAGACGGAAACUUAAUGACAAGAUCUUUGCUCCAGAUAAGGCUUUAGCAAGACUUGGAAUUUAUGAUGAGGAUAAUGAAGAUUUCUAUCACUCUAUGAUGGAAACACCAUGCAUUGUGCCAGGAUGUAAAUUUGUAGGGCAGUCUUUACUAGAGUUCGAAAAUCAUUACAAUUCCUACCAUCGCUAUUCUUGUAUAACAUGUAAGAAGAGUCAACCAUCAAGACAUUUGCUCGACUUACAUAUACAAGAAAGUCAUGACUCCUUUUUCUCUGUUAUGGCUGCUAAGAAACCAUCUUAUUCCUGUUACAUUGAAGAAUGUACAGAAAAAUUUCAGAAUGCUGAAUUAAGAUUCGAGCACUGUUUACAAGUCCAUAAACUACCAAAAGAUUUCAGAUUUGAUUAUAAACCAAAGUUGGUCAAGAAAAAGAAGAGCAAAAACAAAAAUACUUCCAGUUCCAUGGAUGUGGACAGGGAAAAUAUAAACAGUACCUGUAUAAAUUUCAGCAACAGUAAAACUAAAACAUUCAAACCAUUUAAAAAGUUUACUUGUGAUAAAACAAAAGGUUCUGUGGAUGUUAAUAUAGACCAAGUGAUGACAGAUCUACAGGAAAGUUUACCAAUCACAUAGUAAACUGAUUGCAGUUACCCUGUUCUAAAGCUCUGUGAUACUAAUAUACCAAUUAUAUUUUUAAUGCAAGGAAAAAAUACCACAGUGUACUUUUAA